CCCUCUCCACUCUGCCACGCUGCACGUAGAUACCCAGGCACGUGCGUAGGCACAGACCCGCAUCCCACCAUUCAGAAUCACGCAGCGUGACCCAGAUGCGUACGUCUCGCCAUCCGGCCAUCUCCGAGCACACGAGCCAAGAGUUGGCGUGACCUACUCUUCGACCCAGGCGAGCAGAAACACACGGAUGCGUGCGUGGACACUGCCAGCUUGCACCGUGGAUUCUUGACCGCACACCUCACCGGUUGGUAGCACGCUCGGCCUUAGCAACCGCACCCAGGACGGUGUCAUCUUAAUUCCUUCAUCGAGGUGAAUGGAGAAAACAUUGUUAAAUGGUACCGGCCCCGGGGGAAACUAGCAAGUUGGCAGUCCUCGAAAACUACCCGCCAGCCAGCCCCGAACAGCAGUCAGCCGAUAGUGGACGAAGGACAAACUGAGCUCCCCUGAGAGUGAUUAUAAAUCAUCAAGACGGAGCAGCCUGCCUCCGGAGCUGCUUCAGGGAAAUGACAUUCGAGGGAGACUUCAAAGAAGCAUUAAGAACCUGGAACCUGUUCACCUGAGGCGCCCGAAGAAAAGACCUUCCAUUUUUCCAGCUUCUCCGGUGGGGAACGGUUACAUCAAGCCGCCGGUUCCAGCCGUUUCCGGGACUCAGAGGGAGAAAGGGCCACCAGCCAUGAUGCCCAUCAAAGUAGAUCCGGACAGCAAGCCGGGAGAGUAUAUCCUCAAGAGCUUAUUUGUCAACUUUACCACCCAAGCCGAGCGCAAAAUUCGCAUCAUCAUGGCAGAACCUCUGGAGAAGCCCCUGACGAAAUCGCUGCAACGAGGAGAAGAUCCCCAGUUUGAUCAAGUGAUAAACUCAAUGAGUUCCCUGGCAGAGUACUGUCUGCCAUCCAUUCUGCGAACUCUCUUUGACUGGUACAAAAGGCAGAAUGGCAUUGAGGAUGAAUCACAUGAAUACAGACCGAGAACAAGCACUAAAUCCAAAAGCGAUGAACAGCAACGAGACUAUUUAAUGGAAAGAAGAGACCUGGCUAUUGAUUUCAUCUUUUCUUUAGUACUCAUAGAAGUUCUGAAACAGAUCCCGCUUCAUCCUGUAAUAGACAGUUUGGUACAUGAUGUUAGUAACUUGGCUUUCAAGCACUUUAAAUAUAAAGAAGGGUAUCUUGGUCCUAACACUGGAAAUAUGCAUAUUGUAGCAGACCUCUAUGCAGAAGUAAUUGGGGUUUUGGCACAAGCUAAGUUCCCUGCCGUGAAGAAAAAAUUUAUGGCAGAGCUGAAAGAGCUGCGGCAUAAAGAGCAAAGCCCUUAUGUGGUCCAAAGCAUAAUCAGUUUGAUCAUGGGGAUGAAGUUCUUCCGGAUUAAGAUGUACCCAGUGGAAGAUUUUGAAGCCUCUCUUCAGUUCAUGCAGGAAUGCGCACAUUAUUUCCUUGAAGUUAAAGAUAAAGAUAUCAAGCAUGCAUUAGCGGGGCUGUUUGUUGAAAUUCUCGUUCCUGUGGCUGCCGCCGUAAAAAACGAAGUGAACGUCCCCUGCCUUAGAAACUUUGUGGAAAGCCUGUAUGACACAACACUUGAACUUUCUUCACGGAAAAAGCAUUCUCUGGCUUUGUACCCUUUGGUGACAUGCUUGCUAUGUGUCAGUCAGAAACAGUUCUUCUUGAACAGGUGGCAUGUUUUCCUCAACAACUGCUUAUCCAAUCUCAAGAAUAAAGAUCCCAAGAUGGCUCGAGUCGCCCUGGAAUCUCUGUACCGAUUAUUGUGGGUGUACAUGAUUAGGAUUAAAUGUGAAAGCAACACAGCUACCCAGAGCCGACUUAUAACCAUCAUCACGACGCUUUUCCCAAAAGGCUCCCGUGGAGUGGUCCCCCGGGAUAUGCCCCUGAACAUCUUUGUGAAAAUUAUCCAGUUCAUCGCCCAGGAGCGCUUAGAUUUUGCAAUGAAGGAAAUCAUUUUUGACUUCCUGUGUGUCGGAAAACCAGCCAAAGCUUUUAGUCUCAACCCCGAGAGAAUGAACAUAGGUUUAAGGGCCUUCUUGGUAAUAGCUGAUAGCUUGCAACAGAAAGAUGGCGAACCUCCCAUGCCAGUGACUGGAGCCGUCCUUCCCUCAGGAAAUACAUUGAGAGUGAAGAAAACCUACUUGAGCAAAACACUCACUGAAGAAGAAGCUAAAAUGAUAGGCAUGUCACUGUAUUACUCUCAAGUAAGGAAAGCUGUGGACAACAUUCUGAGACAUCUUGAUAAAGAAGUGGGGAGAUGCAUGAUGUUAACCAAUGUCCAGAUGUUAAACAAAGAACCUGAGGACAUGAUCACGGGUGAGAGAAAGCCGAAAAUCGAUCUGUUUAGGACUUGUGUGGCUGCAAUUCCACGACUGCUCCCAGAUGGAAUGUCAAAACUUGAACUGAUCGACUUACUGGCCAGGCUGUCUAUCCAUAUGGACGAUGAAUUACGACAUAUUGCCCAAAAUUCCCUUCAGGGUCUACUGGUUGACUUCACGGACUGGAGAGAAGAUGUUCUGUUUGGCUUUACUAACUUCCUGUUACGGGAAGUAAACGACAUGCAUUACACCCUUUUAGAGAGCUCCCUCAAGCUGCUGCUACAGUUGCUCACUCAGUGGAAACUUGUCAUUCAAACUCAAGGAAAAGUCUGUGAACAAACAAACAAAAUUAGAACCUCAGAGCUAAUACCAAAUGGAUCCAGUCACCGAAGCCAACCUGAAAGAAGCCCAUAUUCAAGCGUAUUACAUGCGGUGGAAGGAUUUGCUCUCGUAUUACUGUGCAGUUUUCAGAUCGCUACUCGCAAACUUGCUGUUUUGAUCCUCAAGGAGAUCCGCGCAUUAUUCAUUGCGCUGGGACAGCCAGAGGAUGAUGACAGACCAAUGAUUGAUGUCAUGGAUCAGCUCAGCUCCUCUAUUCUGGAAAGUUUUAUUCACGUAGCAGUGUCGGAUUCGGCAACAUUACCACUGACCCACCACGUGGACCUGCAGUGGUUGGUCGAAUGGAAUGCGGUCCUUGUCAAUAGCCAUUACGACAUAAAGAGUCCCUCCCACGUAUGGAUAUUCGCCCAGUCGGUCAAAGACCCAUGGGUCCUCUGCCUUUUCAGUUUUCUCAGGCAGGAGAACUUACCCAAGCAUUGUCCUACGGCUCUCAGUUACGCUUGGCCUUAUGCUUUCACGAGGCUGCAGCUAGUCAUGCCCCUUGUGGAUCCAAACAGUCCUGUGAACGCAAAGAAAACCAGCACUGCCAGCAGUGGAGACAACUAUGUUACCCUGUGGAGAAACUAUCUCAUUCUUUGCUUCGGAGUUGCCAAACCCAGUAUUAUGAGCCCCGGCCACUUGCGAGCUUCCACUCCCGAGAUCAUGGCUACCACUCCCGAUGGCACAGUAAGCUACGAUAAUAAGGUGAUCGGGACGCCGUCCGUAGGGGUUCUGUUAAAGCAGCUGGUGCCUUUGAUGAGACUUGAGAGCAUUGAAAUAACCGAGUCACUAGUAUUGGGAUUUGGAAGAACAAAUUCGCUCGUGUUCAGGGAAUUAGUAGAAGAGCUUCAUCCAUUAAUGAAAGAAGCUUUAGAACGAAGACCAGAGAAUAAAAAGCGCCGGGAACGCCGGGAUCUGCUUCGGCUACAGUUGUUGCGGAUUUUUGAACUCCUCGCUGACGCUGGAGUGAUAAGCGACAGCACAAAUGGUGCCUUGGAAAGGGACACCUUGGCCCUCGGAGCCCUGUUCUUGGAAUACGUCGACUUGACACGGAUGCUCUUGGAAGCCGAAAAUGAUAAGGAGGUUGAAAUCCUUAAAGACAUCAGAGCACACUUCAGCGCCAUGAUCGCCAACCUGAUUCAGUGUGUCCCAGUUCAUCACAGGAGAUUCCUCUUCCCUCAGCAGAGUCUGAGGCACCAUCUUUUCAUCCUAUUUAGUCAGUGGGCUGGACCCUUCAGUAUUAUGUUCACACCUCUGGAUCGAUACAGCGACAGAAACCAUCAGAUCACAAGAUACCAGUAUUGUGCAUUAAAGGCAAUGUCAGCGGUGUUGUGCUGUGGCCCUGUUUUUGACAACGUGGGUCUCUCCCCAGAUGGCUAUCUAUACAAGUGGCUUGAUAACAUUCUGGCUUGUCAAGAUUUACGAGUUCAUCAGCUUGGCUGUGAAGUUGUGGUGUUGUUGCUGGAGUUAAAUCCUGACCAGGUCAAUCUUUUCAACUGGGCUAUCGACCGGUGCUACACUGGUUCCUAUCAGCUCGCUUCUGGGUGCUUUAAAGCCAUCGCAACCGUGUGUGGAAGCAGAAAUUAUCCUUUCGAUAUAGUGACGCUUCUGAACCUCGUUCUGUUCAAGGCAUCUGACACGAACAGGGAGAUUUAUGAAAUUUCCAUGCAGCUCAUGCAGAUUCUCGAAGCAAAGCUUUUUGUGUACUCCAAGAAGGUAGCUGAACAAAGACCAGGCAGUAUUCUCUUUGGAACGCAUAGCCCGUUACCACCUCUCUACAGUCUCUCACUGUCCCUGCUGUCCUGUGAACUGGCUAGGAUGUAUCCCGAGCUCACUCUUCCGCUCUUCUCAGAGGUCAGCCAGCGGUUUCCCACGACUCACCCCAAUGGCCGUCAGGUCAUGCUCACCUAUCUCCUGCCGUGGCUUCAUAACAUCGAACUGGUGGACAGCAGGCUCCUCCUCCCCGGCUCAAGCCCCAGCACCCCAGAAGAGGAAAUGAAGGAUCGAGAAGGCGAAGUUACCGUGACGUACGGUCUGAAAGGAAGUGGCUGGGGUUCUCCGGAAGCCACGUCGUUGGUCCUGAACAACCUCAUGUAUAUGACGGCUAAGUAUGGAGAUGAAGUCCCCGGACCAGAAAUGGAAAAUGCCUGGAAUGCCUUAGCCAACAAUGAGAAACGGAGCAACAAUCUCCGGAUAACGUUGCAAUUUCUCAUCAGUCUUUGUGGAGUCAGCAGCGAUACCCUACUCUUACCUUAUAUCAAGAAGGUGGCGAUCUACUUGUGUCGCAAUAACACCAUCCAGACGAUGGAAGAGCUUCUUUUUGAACUGCAGCAGACCGAGCCGGUGAACCCCAUAGUUCAGCACUGUGAUAACCCACCCUUCUACCGCUUUGCCGCCAGCAACAAGACUUCAGCGGCUCCCUCCGGAACCACCUCCAGCAGCAAUACAGUGGUAGCCGGUCAGGACAGCUUCCCUGACGUGGAGGAGGGCAGGAUGUUGAAGGAGACGGAUGAGAGGUUUAGUAAUGUAAUCAGAGCCCACACUCGGCUAGAAUCGAGAUACAGCAAUAGUUCUGGAGGAUCGUACGAUGAGGACAAAAAUGAUCCAAUUUCUCCAUACACUGGCUGGUUAUUGACUAUCACGGAGACCAAGCAGCCCCAACCUUUACCAAUGCCAUGCAAUGGAGGAUGCUGGGCACCUCUGGUAGACUUCCUUCCAGAAACCAUCACUCCCCGGGGUCCCCUGCACAGGUGCAACAUUGCUGUCAUUUUCAUGACCGAGAUGGUGGUGGAUCACAGCGUGAGAGAAGAUUGGGCUCUUCACCUCCCCUUACUACUUCAUGCUCUCUUCUUAGGUCUUGACCAUUACCGUCCGGAGGUCUUCGAACACAGCAAAAAGCUGCUGCUCCACCUUCUGAUCGCUCUAUCUUGCAACAGCAAUUUUCAUGCCAUUGCCUCAGUGCUUCUGCAGACUCGAGAGAUGAGUGAAGCUAAGACUCUAACAGUUCAACCAGCCUAUCUUCCUGAAUACCUCUAUACAGGUGGCUUUGAUUUCCUGAGGGAGCACCACCAGUCCUCCCCAGUGCCGGACUCGGGGCUGAGUUCCAGUUCCACUUCCUCCAGCAUCAGUCUGGGAGGCAGCAGUGGGAACCUCCCGCAGAUCGCCCAGGAGAUCGAAGACAUCGACACGGCAGCCGAGGCGGAUGAAAAAGCAAACAAGCUCAUUGAGUUUCUGACUACGAGGGCUUUUGGUCCACUUUGGUGCCACGAAGACAUCACCCCCAAGAAUCAGAAUUCCAAGAGCGCAGAACAGCUCACCAACUUCCUGCGUCAUAUCGUCUCCGUGUUUAAAGACUCCAAGUCAGGUUUCCAUCUGGAGCAGCAUUUAAGUGAGGUUGCGUUACAGACAGCACUUGCCAGCUCUUCGAGGCAUUAUGCCGGUCGCUCUUUCCAGAUAUUCAGGGCCCUAAAGCAACCUCUUUCUGCACACGCCCUCUCUGAUCUUCUCUCAAGAUUGGUGGAAGUCAUAGGCGAGCAUGGAGACGAAAUUCAGGGUUAUGUAAUGGAAGCUCUUCUCACCUUGGAAGCAACCGUGGAUAAUCUGUCGGACUGCCUGAAGAACAGCGAUCUGUUGACUGUUUUGUCUCGUUCGUCAUCCCCGGACCUGAGCUCGAGCGCAAAAUUGACGGCCAACCGCAAGAGCACGGGCCAGUUGAACGUGAACCCGGGGGUCGCCGGGGGCACCGCCGAACGCAGCAGGCAUCAGAGGAGCUUCUCGGUGCCCAAGAAGUUCGGGGUCGCGGACCGGUCUUCGGACCCGCCCCGCAGCGCCACGCUGGACAGGAUUCAGGCUUGCACCCAGCAAGGCCUCUCCUCCAAAACCAGGAGCUCAUCCUCUUUGAAAGACAGCCUGACAGACCCAUCCCACAUCAAUAAUCCAACCAACCUGCUGGCCACCAUCUUCUGGGUGGCGGUAGCUUUGAUGGAAUCGGACUUUGAAUUUGAGUACCUGAUGGCGCUGAGGCUGUUGAACAAGCUGCUGGCUCACCUGCCCCUCGACAAGGCCGAGAACCGAGAGAAGCUGGAGAAGCUGCAGGGACAGCUCAACUGGACCGAUUUCUCGGGUUUGCAGCAGCUCCUGCUCAAAGGAUUCACUUCUCUUACUACCACCGAUCUCACCCUGCAGCUCUUCAGCCUGUUGACACCUGUAUCCCGAGUGUCCAUGGUGGAUUCAUCUCAGGCUAUUGGUUUCCCACUAAAUGUCUUGUGUCUCCUGCCUCAUUUGAUUCAGCAUUUUGACAGUCCAAACCAAUUUUGCAAGGAUAUAGCCGAAAGGAUUGCUCAGGUAUGUCUGGAAGAAAAGAACCCCAAGCUUUCGAACCUUGCCCACGUAAUGACGCUCUAUAAAACCCAUAGCUAUACUCGAGAUUGUGCAACUUGGGUCAAUGUCGUGUGUCGCUACCUCCAUGAAGCGUUUGCUGACAUUACCCUGAACAUGGUCACCUAUCUGGCGGAGUUGCUAGAGAAGGGUCUUCCCAGUAUGCAACAGUCCCUCUUGCAGAUGAUUUACAGCCUUCUCAGUUAUAUGGACUUGUCAGGUGUUCCCGUGAAGCAGUUUAACAUGGAAGUGCUGAAGCCGAUUGAAAAAUACGUUCAGAGUAUUCACUGGCGAGAAGCUCUGAACAUCUUGAAACUAGUAGUUUCUCGAUCUGCCAGUCUAGUCUUGCCUUCCUAUCAGCACAGUGAUAUUUCAAAAUUGGAAAUACACCGAAUUUGGAACAGCACAUCUAAAGAGCUGCCAGGGAAAACCCUGGAUUUCCACUUUGAUAUUUCAGAGACCCCAAUCAUUGGCAGGCGGUACGAUGAUCUGCAGAGUUCUUCCGGCCGGGAUGGGAAACCUAGAGCAAUGGCAGUCACCCGCAGCACUUCCUCCACCUCAUCAGGCUCCAACUCCAAUGUCCUGGUUCCUGUCAGCUGGAAGAGGCCCCAGUACUCCCAGAAAAGGACAAAGGAGAAGUUGGUGCAUGUUCUUACCCUUUGUGGCCAAGAAGUGGGCUUAAGCAAAAACCCUUCAGUCAUUUUUUCCUCGUGUGGCGAUUUGGAAUUGCUCGAGCACCAGACCAGCUUGGUGUCUUCCGAAGACGGCACGAGGGAACAAGAGAACAUGGAUGACACCAACAGUGAACAGCAAUUCAGAGUAUUUAGGGACUUCGAUUUCCUAGAUGUGGAGCUGGAAGAUGGAGAGGAACUCCAGGGCGAGAGCAUGGACAAUUUCAACUGGGGCGUGCGCCGGCGGUCUCUCGACAGUCUGGACAAGUGUGACAUGCAGCUCCUGGAAGAGAGCCAGCUGUCCGGAAGUACUCCCAGCCUAAAUAAAAUGAACCCCGAGGAUUCGGAUGAGUCGUCGGAGGACGAGGACCUCACAGCCAGCCAGAUCCUUGAACACUCAGACCUAAUCAUGACCCUCUCCCCCUCCGAGGAAGCUAGUCACAUGGAAUCGCUCCCCUUAUCGUGUGACCCGACUGCCGAACACCCACAUUCUUUUAAUGCGAGAACAUCCAGCUUUGACGUUGCUCUACCAGCUGGGAAUAAUCAACAGGUGUCUGAGAGUUCUAAGGCCGAAGUGACACUUGAGGAGGAAGACACUGCUGUUCAUGAAGAUGACCUUUCGGGGUCGACCAAUGAACUUCCGGCGACCUUUGAAUGCAGUGACAGCCUUAGCCUAGAUAUGACAGAGGCUGAAGAGAAAGGGGAACGAGCAUUGGACCAGUACACUCUUGCAAGCUUUGGCGAAGGCAACCGGAGCGCCUCGCCUCCCCCCUCCCCUUUCUUCUCUGCCAUCCUCGCCGCCUUUCAGCCAGCCGCAUGUGACGAUGCAGAGGAAGCCUGGCGCAGCCACAUCAACCAGCUUAUGUGCGACUCGGACGGUUCCUGUGCCGUGUACACAUUUCAUGUGUUCUCUUCCCUGUUUAAGAACAUUCAGAAAAGGUUCUGCUUCCUAACUUGUGACGCAGCCAGCUACCUGGGAGAUAACCUGCGGGGCAUAGGAUCAAAGUUUGUGAGUUCUUCGCAGAUGCUGACCUCCUGCUCAGAGUGCCCUACUCUCUUCGUGGACGCCGAGACUCUACUCUCUUGUGGACUCCUCGACAAGCUCAAAUUCAGUGUCCUUGAACUGCAGGAAUACCUGGACACCUACAACAACAGAAAAGAAGCCACGCUUUCCUGGCUUGCAAACUGCAAAGCAACAUUUGCAGAAGGAUCCAAAGAUGGAGUCAUUACUUGCCAGCCAGGGGAUUCAGAAGAAAAGCAAAUGGAAUCUCUUGCACAAUUGGAACUGUGUCAGAGAUUAUAUAAGCUACAUUUCCAGCUGCUGUUGCUUUUUCAGUCGUACUGUAAGCUCAUUGGCCAGGUGCAUGAAGUUAGUUCCAUGCCGGAGCUGCUGAACAUGUCUCGCGAACUGAGUGACUUGAAGAAACACCUGAAGGAAGCCACCACGGCCAUCGCGGCCGACCCUCUCUACAUCGAUCCCGCUUGGCCGGAGCCCGCGUUCGGUUCCACGGAAGCGGCCAUCCAGGCCAUGCUGGAGUGCCUGAAAAACAACGAACUCGGCAAAGCUUUACGGCAGAUCAGGGAAUGCAGGAGUCUGUGGCCCAAUGACAUCUUCGGCAGUAGCUCCGACGACGAGGUCCAGACGCUGCUGAACAUUUACUUCCGGCAUCAAACGCUGGGACAGACGGGCACGUACGCCCUGGUGGGCUCCAACCAGAGCCUGACCGAGAUCUGCACCAAGCUGAUGGAGCUGAACGUAGAAAUCCGCGACAUGAUCCGCCGGGCUCAGAGCUACCGGGCCGUCACAACAUUUCUUCCGGACUCCAGCGUCUCCGGCACGAGUCUCUGACCAGAGCCGCUCCCCCGCGGGCCGCACUAGCCGAGGAGUGCUGCCCUGCGGGAGUGAGGGCGCGUGGUGUCUUCUCUGCUUUAGAAAGGCUCGGUCAGACCGUUCUUCCUCUUGUUCCCUGUGGGACUUUAUCUCCAAGAAAGUGGGCAAAGCCCCAAGCGUAUAGCAAUACCGACAGAACAGAGGGAGCCUCUGGCGACCCGGAUGACACCAGGCCUUCAUGUUGCGCCGCACAGGCCCGUCACUAGCGCCUCACCGGGCACUGACGACUCACUGCUGAGGUAGCGAUGGGCAGUGGGUCCCGGAGCCCACUCCAGUGAACGAUCCCUUCCUUUCUAGAAACUUACAUUAGGUUGGCAAAAGUGCAAUGUUUCCUUCGCUCAAGAAUAUCUUUUUCAGUAUCCUUAAAACUUGUACCUCCCCCCACCCCUAACACCCCCCCACACACCCUGCCUCUUUUUUGUUGUUUUGUUUUUGGCUGAGGGAGCGGGCAGAAUGAAGCUGACCACCAAACGUUUUGAGGCGGUGGACCGGAAGCUGAGAGCCUGGGUAGACGAAAUUGCAAUUGUAAAUGGACUCCGAUUCCAGUGGACACUGUAAUUUGCGUAUAAUUACUGUAUCUCAAACGAGCUGCUACAAAGUACAUUUCCUAAUGUUGCUAGGCUACUGUCUCUGAAGGUACUGGAUUGCUCUACAUAGGUCUGUUAUUAGGACCCAAGGACCAGAAAUGGUCUUGGUAGAUUUUUUUUUUAAAGGAUCUUGGCUGCUUUUUACUAGAAGGUUGCUUUUAUGAACAUAUUUAUACUCUGAAAGGAUGGUUGCUGAUUUGAAUUAACUUUGCCGUUUUGUAGAAAUUAGACAUCCACCUUGCAGGACUCUGAUUGUUGCCCCAUUGUGCAUGCAUAUUUUUAUUUAAUGUCCGUGUGGAAGACAAACGUCAAAGGUGAAAUGCAAGUUCACCUCAUUCCAUAACAGGUCGUAUUUUAUUUGUAAUAUAGAAAAGGUCAUUCAUUCUUCUCGGUUCCCCCCCGCCCCAGACACACAUAUCUAAAUGCUGUCAAGUGAGAUGGGGUGCAUGCAAAUCUCUUGCCCUCGAAGACGCUCCUGAUCAAACAUGAUCCAUGUAACUUAUUCGCUCUGUAAAUACACUUAAUGUUUUUGUGAAGUAA